UAAACUGUUUACAAGCUUUCGAAGGAUUAAUUUUUGAACAUUCUGAUUGUUGUCCUGGUUUUUAAAAUCGUUAAUAUUCACGCCAGUAACAUUCAAAGUAUGCAGUUUUCCAGAUAUAAAUAUGACAAGCUUGUUGUGUACAAAUCAAGAAUUUGUUAAAAGAUGAAUAGUUGUGUUAAAAAAAUACAGAAUUAAACUUAUUAACCUUAGAUUACUACUACUAUUAGUACUAGGUGGGCCAAUUACCUCUCGGAUAUAUAUUGAUUUCACAAUGAUGUUUCGGUAACCUUUAAUUUUUUAAAAAACAACAUGAGAAUUAGAGUGUAGCGUCACGAAGUUUUUUAAAAACAGUUGUUGUAAUACACACAGCAAAUUAUUAGAAGUGACGAAGAGAUGACAUAGGGGGCCUAAUCUUUUUUUUUUUGAUACACCUACUGCUGAAUUCUCAUCUCAUCAUUAGGUUGACAUUGGUGAGUGAAAGAUUAUAUGUCAAAACCAAACAAAUUGCUCAUCAUGCCAAGCUUCUUAGAAAGUAUACAGUUUGGACUUGCUGCAUGCUGUAUUGGACUAGGUAAGUGUUGCCAGUGGAUGCAGUGUCAGAAAUCACAAGUUGUUUCUAAAGAACAGUAUGAAGUUCUUUGUUUAGGCUUGAAAGGUGUGGGAAAAUCGACAGCGUUAGCAUCUUUAGUUGGAGAACCCAUAGAGAACAUAGAACCAACAACGGGUUUCAAUAUUAAAACUCUUCCGGUGUUGGAAACUACGAUGAACAUUAAAGAAUUGGGAGGAGCAGAAGAGGUAAAGAUAUUUUGGAACAAAUACUUCCAAGGUCAACAUGGUAUUGUGUUUGUAGUGAAUGCAUCGGCCAAUGAAGAAGAAGAAGAACUUUCCAAGGAAGCUUUAGAAGCUGUACUUUCUGAUUCAGCAUUAAAAGGUUUACCAUGUCUCAUUCUUGUUACUCAUCUUGAUAAACCAGAAUGUAAGACCAUUAAAGAGAUAAAAGAAUUUCUUCAAGGAGUUUUCCAAGGAAGGAAAUGGAUAGUAAAACCUUUUCAUCCUGGUAGUGAUGAAGGGAUUCGCCAAGGACUUGAAGCUCUUGUACACUUAAUGAUGCAUAGUGAAUGAUGAUGUUUGUAUCUUCGGCUUUGUUAUUCCUCGGUUCAUGAUUCAGGUUUCUUCUCAGAACUCUACAUGAUUGCUCAGAGAAAUUUUUGUGGUAAUAGCGAAUGUAUGUUUUUGUCUUAAAUUGUGACAACGAAGAGGUGUUGUUGGAAAAUAAUUAUAUUUGCAUUAGUUUGAUAUGUGAGAAAGGGUUUGAUAUCUGGACACAUUACGGUUAUUGAUGAGGCUUCCUUGUUAAGAAUUUAAAUCUAGUUUGAUUAAAUAUGGUACCACAUUUUUUAUAAAGAAAUUCUUGUUAAAGUCUAUACUAUGAUCUUUCUUUGUGCACUCUUACUGUAACACUUUUAUGUGUAUGUACAAGUUGGUGUAAGUCCUCAUAUGGUUGUUUGUAAUAAUGGUUUAAUUUUAAUCAGCAUUUUUUACACACUAAAUCAUCAGAUCUGUGUUCAGCUGCUUGAGCUAAAGUCUGAUUAUUUUCAUGUAAAGAGUCCACUAAUGUUAGGCCAGUAAGUUUCAGAUUUUCUUUUUCUCUUAUUGAGUUCCAAAAUAUGCCUAUUACUUACUGCAAGUUUCCACAAGUUCCCGAUUAGUUUACAUAGCUGUGGUGUUACCUUUUCUUGUAAAGUAAGUCUGAUAACAGUCCAUCAUAAAAGUUACUGGUAGAUCGUAGUUUUAAUUAUAGAAAAAGUAAAAUAAAUUUUUUAUUAGAAGCUCUAUUUAAAAUAUGCAUGCUUUUUUG